CAAAUCAGAGCAGAAAUGGCUUGCGAAAAGUCUCCGCAAAAUUCCCUCGUCCUGGAGGGUGACAUCCUGCGGUCGCACGAAGAGCAAACCCGACUGCAUUUGGGUAUUGAAAGUGCACUUAGAAACACCCGAAAUCAGCUGGAAGCGCAAAUCGGUGAAAACGGUGACAACAUGUUCUCUUUGCUCAUGAGACUCGUCACCCGUUUGCUGGCGGAAAAAUCCGGACGCGAUGCCGUUGAGCGUUUCGAGGAAUUCUGUCGACUGGUUAGGCAGGAGUAUUUCGUUUUACCAGACUGUGCGCUAAGAGAGAUUAAAAAUCCCGACCAGGACCAACGAGUAGCAUUUUCCCGGGAAAUCAUUCGACAAUUGCGCGUUCCGAAGCAAUUGAAUGACGGAAACUCAAUAAAGCUGCAACCACGUAUCGCACAGCUGGCCGUACUCUGGUCGGAAAUCGGAUUCGCCCUUCCACCGUCGGUUGAGUAUUUCAUCGAGCGUCAAAUGGAACACAUCCGACUUGAGCAGACCCAACCGGUCCGAAGGAUUAACUUCUGGGGUGUCGUGCAAACGCUAGGGGGCAGUAGUUAUUACGUUAUUCAGCUGGAAAGGGAUAAUCUGGAGGCCUGUGAAUUGGAAUAUCAAUUAUCGCGGGAAAAGUGCCAAAUAGCCCGCGAGGUUCUCGGUGGGAUUCUAAAAGCGUGUGUUUCGGACGAUACAAUCUUAUCAGACUGGUGCGGUGCUGAAUCGAUGGCCGCAGAUAUGCUGGAAGAAAUCCUAGAGGCUGCCAUUCCACCAAACACUGAUGAAGAUCUGGCAACGGCUGUGGCGGCCCCGAUGAUGGAGGCCAUUAUCGAAGAAGCAGUUGACAUCGCACAGGAACCGGAGGUAGAACUAAGCGUGAUGGGCAGCUUGGAUGUCGUUUCCUGCAGUGCAACGAUUUCAGACGGUUCAGAUGUUAGCUUAAACCAACUCAAGUUUUCCUCCGCCAAAGCACUACUAGAGGUAAAGCUGAAUGUGUUACGGUAUUUCGUCUGCCUGGAUCCAUUCGCAGGGGAAAAGUGGACGGAGCUGCCCGGUGUGAAUCUGGAGAAAAUCACAACUUCUCGGCGGAUCAAAAAAUACUUCAAGGGAGAUUUGGAGGCCUCAAUCGGAAGCGAUGGUCAACGACUAGUGCAACGGGAAAAUGACUAUCUGCGUACAGUUUUAGCAAGAAUAACGAUGGAUCAACGUGUCAGUCGGAUGGGUGGUUCGGAGAACGGUGAGCUAUUCACCGAUCAAGACGUAAAAGUCUUCUACAAAGCAACUGGUUUCUCUCACGAUUGGAUUGCGAAAGGGUUCACCGGAGGCCAACCAAUGCCGAGGAUUCUGUGGCAAAAAUCCAGUGUUUGGCCAGGUUCUUUUACUUAUGACCUAGAACAAAUUUACUUUGGUUGGGGGAUGGAGACUGAAGAUAAUUUGGCAAUCUAAUUUCUCCCUCUUUGUUCUAUUCUUGCAAAAAAAUAUGUAGUAAAACUCAGAAUCGAAUGUAUGUCUAAGAAAAAUGGAA